UCCUCGUUAUACUCAAUUCGGGAGAAGGACAGUCGGGUUCGCUUCACGCGCAGCCGAAGGUCGGCUAUUUAAGGCCUCCGGCGUCUGCUCUGCUCAAUCCUCCCGAUCGCCGAUCUCCGAUCUCCUCUUUGAUCUCACUCCCAACCCUAAUCGCCUUCUCGCUCUCUCUCUCUUCCGAUGCCGUAGCAAUCCCCUGCUCCUGCCAUGGAUGCCGCCGCUAGGGCUUCUGCCGCUGCCUUCCCCGCGGCGCCUUCCACUUCUGCUGCUGCCUCCGCCGCUCCGCCUCCGCUAGCGCCAUCGCUGCCGACGCCGCCCCCGGCUGCGUCGGUGGCCCCGUCCUCUUCCGCUGCCGUCUCCCUGCAGAAAGAGCCGCCGCCUGCUGGCGGGGACCAGAGGCUUCGGUUCUCGGUGACCCUCAAGCCUGGGGAGACCACCAUUGUGUCCUGGAAGCGGUUGCUUAAGGAAAACGGUAAGGGGCAAGGAGAUCCUCCCGUUGCUGGUCCUGCUGACCGGCCACCUGCUGCGCAGCCCGGAGAAGUCGCUGCUCCUUCAGCGGAAGAGCCAAAAGAUGCAGUUCCGCCUCCGAAUCGUUUUAGUGCGGUUAUAGAGAAGAUUGAACGCCUUUACGUGGGAAAUGAAAGCAGUGAUGAAGAACUUGAUGAUAUGCCAGAUGAUGAUCAAUAUGACACGGAGGAUUCCUUUAUUGAUGAUACGGAAUUGGAUGAAUAUUUUCAAGUAGACAAAAUGUCAACAAAACAUAAUGGAUAUUUUGUAAACAAAGGAAAAUUAGAGCAAAUUGAGUCUAGCUUGUCGCCUAAAGAGGUGCCCAAAAAAAGGAGAAGAAAAGAUACUCCCAAGCUGCAUGGUGAUGGUAGUCAUGCCAUUGUUUCUGAUAACCCACCAAAUGCUGGCAAUGUGCGAGCUAAAGAUGCUGCUAGGAGUGGUUCAGUGGUGGGAAGGAAAUUAAAUCCUGCAAAAGUUUAUUCAUCAUAUGGUGGACAUUACAAUGAGGAAGGAAGAUCUUUAAAAUAUAGAUCAAAAGCCACUACAGCUGUCAGUAAAAGGAAAUCUGCUGAUUUCACCAUGUCAGAAGAACAAUCAACCAUGAGACUACCAUACAAAGACAUUUUGUCUACACCUUCUGAGUUGAAGGAUUUUGAUAAGCAUAAAGCAGGCGCUGGAGCUACUCACAGGUCGAGAACCAGUGAUUCAUUAGAUCAAGCAUUUCGUGACAAAGUUCAAGUAGAUUUUCACUCAAAAAAGCUGCUCAAUGGUGAAACUAGGGAAGCAUCUACAAAGGUUAGGCGUGUUGAUAGAUACAGUACCAGCGAUGCCUUUUCCAUGAAUUCCCCUGGGAGUUCAUAUCCUGUACAUUCAACGCAGCAAUCAUCCUCAAGGGCAAGAGAAGGUUCUUCUGUUAGACCUAAAGGUACAACACUUGAAAGGGCUAUUCGCGACCUCGAAAUGAUAGUGGCUGAAUGUAGACCACCAACCCUUCUUGUUCAAGAUGCAGAUCCUGCGUUCCAAAGCAUCAAGAGGAGGCUUCCCCAGCCAGUCAAACAGAAGCUUGCUAAAGUAGCUCGAUUAUCGGCAAGCCAAGGUAAAAUCUCGGAAGAUGAGUUGGUGGAUCGACUUAUGGGCAUUCUAGGUCACCUAAUGCAGCGCAAGACAUUGAAGAAAAAUAUGAGAACAAUGGUUGAGGUAGGCAAUUCAGCAAAACAGCAGAAAGCCGAUAGAUUCCAGCAAAUAAAAAGGGAGGUUAAUGAGAUGGUCAGAGCACGUGUUUCUCAGUUGAGGCCCCAGUUGGCUGAGCAACAAGAAGGCUCAUCGAUUGACUUUAAGGAAAUCAAUAAUGAUGAAAAAAGAGCCCUGAAAGGAAAAUACAGUAUGGAUUCCGCACUAGAAGACAAGAUCUGCGAACUCUAUGAUUUGUAUGUAGAGGGAAUGGACGAGGACAAAGGCCCUCAAAGCAGGAAGCUUUAUUUAGAGCUUGCAGAAUUGUGGCCUAAUGGUUACAUGGAUAAUGUAGGCAUUAAAGAUGCCAUUUACAGAUCCAAAGAAAGGAAAAGAGCACUUUACAGGCAUCAUAAGGUUCGCGACGAAGAGAGGAUCAAAAGAAAAAAGUUGGCUUCUGCAAUGAGAGCAGACGAGUCUAAUCCAGCCUCAGCUUCUCAAUUACGGAGUGUGCAAGAGAGGACACCUCCAGCCACUGAUUCAGCUGCGAAGUACCUCCCGCCCACCAAGCUUGUUCCCAAUCAAGUUGUCAGUUCAACCAGCGCAUUUGUGGAUUCGGCACAACCUUAUACCGAUCCUAUCCAACCUGUAUCGAAAAAUCCUGACAAGACUAGAGGUGUUGACAUGAGAACGAACCCUGAGGAUGCGAAGAAAAAGCUAAAGAGGAAGGUGGAGUCCGAGUCAAGUGAGACUCGCGGUCAUCCCGAGAGGCUCCCUUCUCAGCAUGUCACGGAGAAACAGAAGUCCUUUAAGCAUAUGGAUGACACAAAUGCGAGUAACCAGCCUAAGCUGAACCUCCUCGAAUCAUCUGGUGUUCCAAAUCUUGACCAGGCAAGCUGAUUUGCUAAAAUAAGGUUAGAAAGAUCUAAAAUUAGUUAAGAUCCAAGUUGUUUUUUGUUCUUCUUGAUUUUAUAAACGUUUACUCUGGAUGAUAGCCCUCUUGCUAUUGUCCCCCUACCCUACCAUCGUAAAAUCCCCCUGAACUACCAUUCUAUGUAAACUGCUGUCAUGACUUAAUCUCUUACCAUGAGAUAACAGAUGAUCCAAGCUGUGGUUCCCAAUUUCGUACUAUUUUAAUCUGUUUUUACAAUUACAAAAUGAUCUUUUUACAAGAGGAGCAUUGAGUUUA